AGUCCUACCUACAAAUGUACGACCCCAUUGAGAUGGCCAUAGCAUGCUUGAAGUCUGACCAAUGUGAGCUGUGAAAACCACCAGAAGUAAUGGAGACUCCUGCAAAGAGAGCCAACACCCCAACAUCAGGAAAGAAGAGGAAGAGACCUGCUUCCAUUUCUCCAAGAAGAGGGAAGAAAAGACUUUCACUAUCAGAAGUAAGAAAGCAUGUGAACUCAGCCACAGCCUCACAGCCAACGAAAAGAGAUGAUGCAGGAACAUCAUGUAAAAAUCCCCCUCGUUCCAUAGAGUCUUUCUUUGCAAAAGCCAAGCCUCCGCGGUACACGCCAUGUCCUGUUUGCUCCGAGGAGAUCAAACUGUCGGAGAUCAACAGACACCUGGAUUCGGGAUGUCUGUCCAAGCAAGAGAGUCCCGCUAAAGGAGAGGAAGAGUCUGUGAAACAGAGUUCAAGAAAAGUUGCAGAUGUGAGGAAUGAUGUCAAAGAUAAGAGGACAAGACGUCGCCUCCAGAACAAGUUUGAGUCGAGUCCUUUGUAUCAGCAAAGCUCUUCAAGCCUUUCAUCUGAUGACAAUCAAGAAAGUUGUGUCCUAAAUAAUGGCUUGGAGGGUAGUGAAAUACCAGGAACACUUGGUAAGGAAAUCAGCAUUGGUAAUGUCCUCAACCAGUCUAAAGGUGCAGAUCAGGAUUCAGAGGAUGCUUUUGUUCAAUCAUCAGAUACGAGUAAGCCAGUAAAACAAAACAAACGGGACAAAGCCAGAUCCCGGUUAAGCUUGAAGAAAUUACGGCAGAGAAAAGAUGAUUCAGAAUCAAAUUUUGAGUCGGAAGAAGUGCAUGAUGUAACUAAAGAUGCUAUUAGAACUGAAUCUCUCUCUCAAAGUAAGAAGGUUACGUCACCUUUUUUCAAUCAUGCAAGGAAAGGCAGUGCCAAUAUCAAGUCACCAGGAAGUGCAGUCAGGUCGAGUGGCCAAUCUGAGGGAACCCUUUCACAGAAUCUGCAUAAUGCAUCCUCAGAUUCUGCAGUAGAAUCUUUCAGGAUUACCCCAACUCGAAUCUAUAUUCCUGAAAAGAAGAGUUCUCAAUCGACUUUGAAUUCUGUGAGUCCUGAAACCAAAGCAUCUACCUCUUCGACAUCAUCACAACGGGGAGGUUCCAGAAAUAAAAUUUCUCUGACAGGAUCACCUUCCACAUCCACAGGACAUGACAGAGGUUCUAGGAAGAUUCACAGAACUCCUGUGAGAACUAAAUUGUUCAGUGACUCGGGGAAACCACAGGUUGAACCACUACCAACACAAACAAGUAGGUUUAGUAAAGAUUAUGUAUCAAAGGAUCACAGACAAUCCGCAAGUGUUCCUUCAAGUGAAUUAUGUACAAGUAGUCCCAUAGUUGAUGUUGAAAAAGGUCUGACUAAUGGCCCUGGUGCUAGCUCUUCACCGCCUUCUAUACCUACCUCAGCUAACGGCUCAUAUACAUCAACUCAAAAGUCCACUUCUAUAGAGAUUAACAAGGGAUUAUCAUCAAAAGGAGAAAGUGCAGCAACUUCAUCUUUAAGUACUUCCCAUUCAUCAACACCCAAGAAAGGCUCACCCUACACCUCCCCAGCAAAGUCCGGUACAACGGCAACAUCUCCUGCGAGGUCGGACACUCUCGGGUCUCCACAUAAGCCAAGGGAACCUUACUACAUAGUGAACUUCAAGCUGAUCUUGAAUGCUGUCCUGAAGAAUGAGUUUGAUGCUCACCUCUUUGAUGAUGAAGAUCAUGCCCAGGUGUCCAAGUUCAACAGUUUGUCAGGUCCUGCACAACAACUGUAUGUGCGGCUUUUCCAGAGGAAGUUCACCUGGUUUCGAGUGGCUAAAGUUGACUAUCCAAAGAUUUCAUUAAAUCUGAAACCCCUCUUCACUGAGAUGAUCAAUGCUGGUUUGCUGAUAACGGAGAGUUCUUUGGACGACCUGGCUGUCACACUCAAACUGCUGAUGGCACCCGACCUGAAACAGUUGGCCAAGGACUUUAAGGUCGGAGGGAGCGGCCAGAAGGGUGACAUGGUGGAGGCCAUCAUUAAGUAUUCCUCCAGACAACGAUCCUUCUUUUCAGCUAACAUGGAUAAGAUUGUACUGAAAAAAGCCAAGAAGCUUCUUGGUAGCUGCGUGAAGCUGACUAAAGAACCUCGAACAGUUUUCAACAGGAUCAUCAUGCUGUUCUCACUAGUGAGACAAGAUCUGAUAGAGGAAGAAAAAGGCAGCUCUGGUCAGUCAGCUUUGCAAACAGAACUCCUGGUAAACAUGGGUCGUAUGAGCUACCCUGCCUACACUGUAUUCAGAACAAGAAGUUUCUUUGCCUCCAAAGAAGAUUUACUCAGGUAUGAAGUUGCCUUGCAGUAUGAGAAUGAUAUAGCCGAUGCACUGGGUAUCAAUGACUUUGAGUUGGCUGACAGACUGCAGGCAACAGCUAUGGUGACGUAUAAGGAGCUGGCCAAAGACGAACAAAUUCUCAAGCACGACGAGACCCUGCCUGAGUAUCUUCGCUGCUACAGCGCCGGCUGGGUCUACACACACGUCAGGUACCAGGGUGUGGAGAUCAGGCAGAAGCAGCGAAGGUAUGAAGAAGCCGUGGAGCUCCUGCGAGCCCUCCUGGAGCAGAAGGUCUACUGCCCUGACAGGAGAGGCGGGUGGUACGAUCGGCUGGCGCUGAAUCUCGAUCAACACUGCAAGAAACAGCAUGAGGCACUUGAUUGCAUCAAGGACGGAAUGGCUGAUCCCAAAGUAAGGGUGGGUCAUCGAUUGGCUCUACAGCUCAGAGCCCAGAAGAUACUCAAAUCCAACAAGAAACAACUCUCAGAAAGAGCCGACGAAUUUCAGUUUGAUGAUGUCUUAGAAACUCCAAAGGUAACUAUUCAGGGAACGGUCCUUCCCCAUCACGGUCCCGGUGUGAGGAACACCUUCAUCAGUUCCUACCAAGGACCAGUGGAGACGGAUGAAGGUAUCGUGGUGUGCAGUGUGGAGCAAGUAGCUCUAGAGCAUUACAAACAGCAAGGAUACACUGAAGGUAUACAUGGUGAAGGAACCACCUACAGCACUCUUAUCUUUGUCAUCUUUUGGGAUAUUGUCUUCCAUCCGAACAUCCCAGAUGUCUUCUGCUAUCCCUAUCAGACAGCACCAUUAGACUUGAGGACAGAUCACUUCUACGCCAACCGUUGCGAUGCUAUACAGAGGAAGUUAGACGAGGUUCGAGAAGCGGACGAGGAACAGCUAGCAGCCAUGCUGGAGGCCAACUGGCUGGAGUAUGAGGGAGACCUGUGUGUGGGUCUCAGCUGGGAAAUCUUCAGGGAUGUGGAACAUGCUAAGGGUUUGCUUAGGUGCAUAGGGGGCAAGCUACUGAGUGCCAUAGCCGAGCGUAUCCUUACCAAUCAUCGUCAUUGCAGAGCUGGUCGGCCUGAUCUCACCAUGUGGAACCCAGAGACCAAGAAAUUCAAGUUGGUUGAGGUGAAGGGACCCGGUGACCGUCUUUCACAGAAGCAGAUUCUCUGGAUUGAUUUCUUCCUUCGUCACGGGAUAGAGGCCGAGGUUUGCCAUGUAGAAGGUAUGUAGGACC